CAUCCUUGUUUCAUUACGGUCCUCCCAGGAAUAUUUUGCAUUUUUCUAAGCGUUAAAGAUCAUAGCUUCAUGACUUAAUCUUUGGACUGUUUUUCCCCACUUAUAUGAGAAGAACUAAUAAUGCCACAUGGAGCACACCUUUUCAGGACUCAAGGAGUCUAAAAAAAAGAAAAGAAAAAUGAGUCAGAACUUCUGCCUGUGAGUCUGAGUCAGCUUAGUGUGUUAAAAAAAAAUAAUAAAAAAAGAAAAAAAAGAAAAAAAAACUGUGUGAGGAGACCUGCCUGGAAAAACUGCUGAAUGGAAAGACUUGAGAACAGCUUAUAGAUAUUGAUGGCAGAUGAAGAAUUUUCAUGUCUUUUCAGAAAUGGUUAGCAGCCACUCAUAACAGUCCUGUGACGUCACAGAAAUCUUGACUCCUGCUUGUCCUUCGCGUUCUCCUUUAAGCCCUUCCCUCCUCCUUUUCAUAUAGGACCUUAACACAAGAGGGUCAGGAGGAGAAGAGAAGGGUUGCUCACAGGAGGAAAGAAGGCAAGGGGUAGCUGUUACUUUACCUGGUGGGCCAUGUGUUGCUACAAAUCAGGUGGUCUCUUUGGAGGAGAUGCCACUCGGUAAGGGAGGCUUCUUGAGCACUCGACUACUACUAGCAACUCAGAAUGUGGGACCGCUGGAAGGAAAAACACCCCUGGAUGGGGCGAAGGAAAGCAAUCUCCCGGGCAGGCCUCCAGCAUCUGGCUCCUGCACAUCCCCUCAGCCUUCCUGUGGCAAAUGGUCCAGCCAAGGAGCCCAGAGCAACUUUGGACUGGAGUGAGAAUGCCGUGAAUGGAGAACACCUGUGGCUGGAGACCAACGUCUCGGGAGACCUCUGCUACCUUGGAGAGGAGAACUGCCAAGUCAGAUUUGCAAAAUCAGCUCUCAGGAGGAAGUGUGCAGUCUGUAAAAUCGUCGUCCACACCGCCUGCAUCGAGCAGCUAGAAAAGAUUAAUUUCAGAUGUAAACCAACAUUUCGAGAAGGAGGCUCAAGGUCACCAAGAGAAAAUUUUGUACGUCAUCACUGGGUGCACAGGCGUCGGCAGGAGGGGAAAUGUAAGCAGUGUGGUAAGGGCUUCCAGCAAAAGUUCUCCUUCCACAGUAAAGAGAUUGUGGCUAUCAGCUGUUCCUGGUGCAAGCAGGCGUUUCACAAUAAGGUGACCUGCUUCAUGCUGCAUCACAUUGAAGAACCCUGCUCCCUGGGGGCUCAUGCUGCUGUUAUUGUCCCGCCCACUUGGAUCAUUAAGGUGAAGAAACCUCAGAACUCCCUGAAGGCUUCAAAUCGGAAGAAGAAGAGAACAAGCUUUAAAAGAAAAGCCAGUAAAAGAGGGAUGGAACAGGAAAACAAAGGUCGUCCUUUUGUGAUAAAACCCAUCUCUUCUCCUCUCAUGAAACCCUUGCUUGUAUUUGUGAAUCCCAAGAGUGGAGGCAACCAGGGAACCAAAGUCCUGCAGAUGUUCAUGUGGUACCUGAAUCCACGGCAAGUGUUUGAUCUUUCUCAGGAAGGGCCAAAAGAUGCGCUUGAAUUGUAUAGGAAAGUACCAAAUCUGCGAAUUCUGGCCUGUGGUGGGGAUGGAACGGUGGGCUGGAUCCUUUCCAUCCUGGAUGAACUGCAGCUGAGCCCUCAGCCUCCUGUGGGGGUCCUUCCUCUGGGGACUGGGAAUGACCUGGCUCGAACUCUCAACUGGGGAGGGGGCUACACUGAUGAACCUGUUUCUAAGAUCCUGUGUCAAGUGGAAGAUGGGACAAUUGUACAGCUAGAUCGCUGGAACCUCCAUGUGGAAAGAAACCCCGACUUGCCUCCAGAAGAACUUGAAGAUGGCGUAUGUAAGCUCCCUCUGAAUGUUUUCAAUAACUACUUCAGCCUUGGAUUUGAUGCUCAUGUCACACUGGAGUUCCAUGAAUCCAGAGAAGCAAAUCCAGAGAAAUUCAACAGUCGUUUUCGAAAUAAAAUGUUCUAUGCAGGGGCAGCUUUUUCUGACUUCCUACAGAGAAGUUCUAGAGAUCUAUCCAAACAUGUUAAAGUUGUUUGUGAUGGAACAGAUCUCACCCCAAAGAUUCAGGAACUGAAGUUCCAGUGUAUAGUAUUUUUAAAUAUACCCAGAUAUUGUGCUGGCACAAUGCCCUGGGGAAACCCAGGAGAUCACCACGAUUUCGAACCUCAACGUCAUGAUGAUGGUUAUAUUGAAGUCAUUGGAUUUACCAUGGCCUCUUUGGCAGCCCUGCAAGUUGGGGGCCACGGAGAGAGGCUACACCAGUGUCGAGAAGUCAUGCUUCUAACUUACAAAUCCAUCCCCAUGCAAGUGGAUGGGGAGCCCUGUAGGUUGGCCCCAGCUAUGAUUCGGAUCUCCCUGAGGAAUCAGGCCAACAUGGUACAGAAGAGCAAGAGGAGAACAUCCAUGCCUUUACUCAAUGAUCCCCAGUCUGUCCCAGAUCGUCUGAGGAUCCGGGUGAACAAAAUCAGUUUACAAGACUAUGAAGGAUUCCACUAUGACAAGGAGAAACUCCGAGAAGCUUCUAUUUCAGACUGGUUAAGAACCAUUGCUGGGGAACUAGUGCAGUCCUUUGGAGCGAUACCUCUGGGUAUUCUAGUUGUGCGUGGAGACUGUGAUUUGGAGACUUGCCGUAUGUACAUAGACCGCCUACAGGAGGACCUACAGUCGGUUUCUUCUGGCUCCCAGAGAGUUCAUUACCAGGACCAUGAAACCUCCUUCCCCAGGGCUCUCUCAGCACAGAGGCUCUCUCCUCGGUGGUGCUUCCUAGAUGCAACUUCUGCUGAUCGCUUUUAUCGAAUAGACAGAUCUCAGGAACAUUUGCACUUUGUGAUGGAGAUUUCCCAAGAUGAGAUUUUUAUUCUGGACCCAGAUAUGGUGGUGUCACAGCCGGCAGGGACACCUCCGGGCAUGCCUGACCUGGUGGUGGAGCAAGCCUCGGGGAUCUCAGACUGGUGGAAUCCUGCCCUGCGGAAACGCAUGCUGAGUGACAGUGGGCUGGGGAUGAUAGCUCCCUAUUAUGAGGACUCAGAUCUGAAAGAUCUCAGCCACUCCCGCGUGCUACAGUCACCAGUCUCUUCAGAAGAUCAUGCAAUUUUGCAGGCAGUAAUAGCUGGUGAUCUUAUGAAGCUAAUAGAAAGCUAUAAAAAUGGAGGCAGUCUGCUAAUUCAGGGACCAGACCACUGUUCACUCCUUCACUACGCAGCUAAAACCGGCAACGGGGAGAUUGUGAAAUAUAUCCUUGACCACGGACCUUCCGAGUUAUUGGAUAUGGCAGACAGUGAAACGGGUGAGACUGCACUGCACAAGGCUGCCUGCCAGCGGAACCGGGCUGUGUGCCAGCUUCUGGUGGAUGCAGGAGCAUCUCUGAGAAAGACGGACUCCAAGGGUAAGACACCUCAAGAAAGAGCACAGCAGGCUGGGGACCCAGACUUGGCUGCUUACCUAGAAAGCCGUCAGAACUAUAAGGUCAUUGGCCAUGAGGACCUGGAAACUGCUGUUUGACCCUGGUAUUCGGGCAAAGAGAACGUGAGCAAGCGUAUCACAUCUGCCCUCCCUGUGAUUGGGCAGCUCCCGUGGAAGAAGCUGAUGGAAUUCAUAUAUCUGUCUCUCUCCUGCAAGAAUCUACCUGAGACCAUGCCACUAGCUUUUAAGGGCUACCAAGAUGUACAACAGAACAUGAUAGCCCAUUGAGAAGGAGGCAGGAUACCUGGAGAUUUGUGGAAUACAGUACGAGUUCCACAAAAUUUGAUCCUUAUUGCUUCCAGCAAGUAGCAUGAACUUCUGUGUUCACCUGUAUAAUUUAUUUUAAAGAUUCAAAGGAUGUUCGUAUAAAUGGCACUGCUCCAUCCUCCCCCUAUGCAUUGAUUUUUUUCCCUGUACCAUACAAUUCUACUGUAACUACCCAUCAACUUAAAAAAGAAUAUUAUCUCUUCUCUUUACGUUCAGUCUUGGAAGACCACAAGAUUGUCUGAAGGCCUUCUAAAACCCUCUGAAUGUCCUGCAGAAAUAUAACUGUAAAAUCACUUCCAUUUCUAAGACUAAAUAUAUCAAGACUAUUUAGUGACUCUCUCUGCAUGUCCCUCCCACCCCCCCAACCCUCCGUUUCAUUAUAUAGGAGCUGGGAAGUGCCACGUGGAUAAUGUCAACUUGUGUGCUAUAUCUCUGAGGAAUGGUGAGGUGGCAUGGGAGAUGUCUGUGCUUGGAGGUACCUCAGAGAGGUAACCCAGGGGUCAGCCCAGGCUGCUGGGCUGUAGCCAAUAGCCAUGCAGGACUGGUUCAGCUUGGGCUGUCUGUACAGCUCCGUACUGCCUAUGUGUAGCCAUCUUUGCCUUUUGCUGCAAUAGAAGAUGAGCAAAGGAUUAAACAGAGGCCCACAGCUAGUUUGCAGAACCACUCAAUUUUAAGUGCUGUUUAAAUUGCAGAGCAAAUAAUCCUGUGUGGGAACUGUGGUUACAGGAAAUGGAGCACUCUAACAAUGUUUACUUCCAAACUUCGUUGAAUGAUAAUAGAAAGCACCCUAAUUGACUUGAAAAAAAAAAAAAAAACAAACAGCAAAAGCAAAAGUAGCAACAUAUGUCAACAUAUGUCACUGAAGUAGGAAACAGUCGUUGGAAUGUUGCACAGAGGCUAAUAACUAUAGACUGUUGGAUACAGUGGUGAGAGGAGCCCCAUUUUAGGUCUUUCUUUUAGGUUUUUGGUUUUCAUUACUCCAAGUAAUCCUUGACCCAAGAACAAAGGCUUGUUGUAUGAGUUCCACUGCCAGAUUUAUGGGAUGCCCGGAUCAUUCAGAAGGAUGCUUCAACUAUUAUUUGUGAGGUCCAAAGGUCGUACUUGAUAACCCCAUUUUCUAUGUAUGGGAUAGUCUAAUAUAUUAUUUUAUCUACUUUAUUUUCCCUUUUCAGAAAGUCCUUAGUGCAAACCACCAUGGGAAUCUAGCCAGAAAUGUCUGUUGGAUAGUUAGAAUUGUAACAUCUAAACCUGCCACGGAUCGAAUGGUACUUACAGGUACCUCUCUUAGGGACUCUGUGAUACCUAAAAUAUCAGAAGAAAAUGUCCGUCUUUCUGUCCAAAUAUCUGCUUGACUUGGGAGUAAGUCAAAAAUAAAAGUGGGUGUCCAAGGAUUUUGCUUUUGGCGAAAUCUGACGUCUCCUGAGCUUAUUUUCAUUUUGUCCUUAGACACAGCAUAGUGCUUCCCUAAUGUUUCUACAUAUGACCAUGGAUGAUAGUGUCUCUGCAUUUAAUUUAAAAGUCUAAUGGUGACAUUUUGCUUAUCUGAGUCACAUUUCAGUAACAUAUCAUCAUUUUGAAAGUGCGGCUAUGAUGUACUAUAUUAAAUAGGAACAGCCUUUCAGUGGAUGGGGAUUUUAUUACCACAGUCUCUCCAUAGUCAUUUCAAAAUCAAAUUGUUGGUGGGAGGAUGGAUUGAAUUGUGAGUAAUCUACUUCCAUAUAUCAGCCUCAGAAAUGGAACUAUCCUUUGGAUAUUACAGGAGACACUGCAGCAGAUUGUUUCCAGAAGCUGGAAAAAUAUGCUCCCGGAGAAUUUAAUCACUGGGCUUUUGCUGGGGGAUUUUUAGUUGGUGGGACUGUCAAGGAAAUGUGAUGACAGAAAUGUAAUCCUUAACACAAACUGGAAUCUGGUUUUGAAUGGCAUCUUCCAUGCCCUGGAUUGAGCCAAAUGUUUGGCCAAGCCGUCAGUUAUCUAGCUGUUACUGUUGGGAUGAAGAACUCUGUUUUCAUCAACUACCAUCUCACAUUUCCCUGUAAAUACUUCCAAGUAGCCCAGAGAAAAUUUAGGGUAAAGGUGGCUAUGGGCCAAUUUCUAAAUAGCUCCAAUUGAAGACAUAAAUCUGUGUUAUGAAAAAUGAUGAGUUGGUACUAUAAGAUUCCUGAUGCAUUUGGAAAUUGUUUCAAACCAAAAAAAAAAAAGGCAUUAGAGUCCUGUGUUAUUCAUGGAGACCAAUAUUUGAUAUAUCGCUUUGAAAAAAGCAAGUACCACUAGGACUUGGGAUUUCCAAAAUAAAGUGAGCAGAAUAACCACAUGUUUAAUGGCUUCAACAUUAAACCACCUCCUGUAGCAUGUUUUAAAAAUUGGUCCUGGGCUUUGGAAAGAGCUAAGGCCUUAUGGUCUAGGAGUUUCCAUCUCAGCUUAAGUAUAUUGUAUCCCUACUAUAUUAGGCCAUCAGGAAGGCAAGUGAUCUAGUCCUGGUCUGAAGAGCCACAUAACUGUAACAGACAUAAAAAUAUGUACCUAUAGAAAUAUCAUUUCUACAAAGCCUACUGAGACAGCACUGAAGAGGCAGCUAGCUUGGCUGACUCCUCUGUGUUUGUUUCUUUGUGUCAUGGCACUGACUGCCUUGAGAUACCAUUUUUAGAUGAGGUUGAUAGAGGAAUGGAAAACGAAGAGUUAUUAAAAGACAACAUUCUAUAACCUGAAAGGUAGUCAUUUUUGCAAGCUUGUAUUUUAAUAUUGUGCAUUUAACAAAAUAGAACACAGUUAAACUGUGCUUUAUCAUAUUCAAGGACUUCAUCCAUAAUAAGAGAGAUUAGUAAGCCAAGAAUGGAAUAAAUACCAUGAUUAGGACUUUUGCUUUCAGAGUUUAUGUUUCCUCUGUAGAUGUGAUAACCAAAAACCAAUGCAAGUUUUGAAACAUAAUUUAGCUGGCAAAUGCACAGUGAUGGAAAUUAGUAAUGACUGAUGGAAAGCCGUACAUACCUGUUGCUCCUUAUCCUUUCAGAAUGGCUGCUUUGGCAGAUCUGCCUGUGCUAGGAGCUACUCAACAUCACUUCAUUUUCAUUUGGACCUUGUGAGAGUCCCUUUGCCUAACGAAUUUCUGAAAUUUAUUUAUUUACUAGAACCCUCAUGAUAUUCCAUAAUAUUCAUGGCUUAAAAAAAUGACACAGCAUCUUUAUUUUAUUACAUGUCAAUUUUAUCAAUAAUAUUUAUGGGUUUUUUUUAGUUAUAAAAAUGGCACAUGCUUUUUAUAAAAUGUUUUAAUACCACAGAUGAGUAUCACAUCCACAGUCAAGGCAUCCCUUUGUUCUGGUGUUGUGUCCCACUUCCCAAAAAUAAAUACUGUUAACACU